AUGCUGGAUGUGCUGCUCUGGUACAACAUCAGCCACACAAAGCUGGAUGUCAGCAUGGUGCAGUCUCCAUGCUUCAAAUCAAGGGUUGAGGUUAGCGGGCUUACAGGGCCAGUUAUUGCUCAUGGAAAAAGGAGAGGAACUACUACCAAAAUAUUGGCGCCCAGACCUCCGUGCCGCGGUCCAGGACUCAGUAAACAGAGCCAAGAAGAGCAGCAAGGUUUAGUGAGGGAGGCGCCUGAUAAACCGCUGUGUACCUUGAAGGAUGAUAACAACGACCAGCUGACUCCUCCUGCCCCUGAAAGCCACUAUUACAUGAGUUGUGACCCUAGUCCUGAGGACAUGGAGGACACCUGCUCUGAGUACGACAACGUGGGCUCUGAUGUGGAGCAGGACUAUGAUGAGGUGCUGCAUUUGAACAAGGAGGGCGUUGUGGACACGAGGUACUACAAACAGUACUCUUCUGAGGAUGGUGGCUAUAUAAAGCAUGCAGUAGGUGAUCAUAUUAAUGAGAACAGCAGUGCUGUUGACCAGUUCGCUGCCAGGCCUCAUCCCGGCACAGAAAUGUGUGAGGGAUCACAAUCACUAAGCACUAAGCCUCACAAAACAGGCCAUCGCUUUAGGUCGCAUUGUGCUCCCAUUGCAGGGGAUGAAGCAGAGAGGGAGGUGGGAAAGGGCCAGGAGAACAGGUUCUUCUUCAGUGAUGGAGACGAAGAGAUAGAAGAGGUGCUGGAUGGGGCCAAAUUUAUAGAGGAUUUAGAGGAGACAGAGGACAGUGUUCAAAUGAAGACCAGCCUUUAUCAGGACAACGAGAAUAAAAUAAUUAGAAAUGGAGGUGAUGAAAGGGAAAGAGAAGAUGACACUCGAGUCACAAGAAACCAUAAUAUCCCAGGAGCCAGUAAGAAGUGUGAGUCCUCUCACAUGGGGGCAAAAGAGAAGGAGAGGCAGGGUAAAGGACGAGGGAGGAAGGGAACAGGAGAGGACACGGAGCAUAUUGCUUCUGGGAUCAAAGGAUGCACGACAAACAGCACUGAACAGCGUCCAAAGACUCUGUUAAAAGACAGCAAAAAAGCAGCUGUGCGGACCAAAGCCAGGUCUGGUUCCAGUAGGCCACACCCACCUCCACCACCUCGUCACUCCCAUGCUCAGCUGCCCGCUGACACCCAGAAGGCCCCGCCUCGGAGAGAGACUCCCCCUGUUCCCAGACCCAGUCCCUCCUCUGCUGACAGCCGAGAGAGUGAACCCAGGGUUAUCAAACCAUCCCUGGCUCCUCAUCACACACCGGAACAACAGAGGGAGCCUCUUGAGGAGAGGCAGAGACGGCCAGAGAAACCCCAGCAGGGUGAGAAACCAAUCACGGCUGUGACACCUGAGGUCGUGCCAGAGCAGCCGAGGAGGCCUCCGUGUCCAGAGUUUGUCCCUGCAGAGGACAGCAACACACCCAAGAACACACAGGAAGCUGCUUCUUUCCCCAGCUUUGAGGACGUCCCAGGUCCCUGUGAGCCGGAGGAUCUUAUUGAUGGGAUCAUCUUUGCUGCUAACUACCUUGGCUGCACUCAGGUGUUGUCUGAUAAAAACCCGUCCAAGUCUGUCCGCAUGUCCCAGGCCCAUGAAGCUGUCAGCCGUAUCAAGAGCCAGGAUGAAGACUCUCAAAUGAUGACAGAGGUGGAUCUGUUUAUCUCUACUAAAGCUGUCAAAGUGCUGAAUGCUGACACACAGGAGACAAUGAUGGACAGUGCCUUGAGGACCAUCUCCUACAUCGCCGACAUUGGCAGUAUUGUGGUUCUGAUGGCACGGAGGCGCAUGUCUCAGGCCUCAUCAGAGGAUUUCUCAGAAUCUCCCGACUCCCCCGGCGAAGGGAAGAGUCAGUACAGGAUGAUCUGCUAUGUCUUUGAGUCAGAGGAUGCACAGCUCAUUGCACAGUCCAUCGGGCAGGCUUUUAGCGUGGCCUACAGAGAGUUCCUGCGAGCCAACGGCAUCAACCCGACCGACUUGAGCCAGAAGCAAUACAGUGACAUCAUCAACUCCCAGGAAAUGUACCACGAUGACCUCGUCCAUUUCUCAAACUCAGACAACUGUAAAGAGCUGAACGUGGAGAAGCAGAAAGGGGAGAUCCUCGGUGUGGUGAUCGUGGAGUCCGGUUGGGGCUCCAUUCUGCCCACCGUCAUCCUGGCCAGCAUGCUGAACAGCGGCCCUGCAGCUCGCUCCGGAAAACUCAGUGUUGGAGACCAGAUUAUGUCCAUCAAUGACACCAGCCUGGUGGGGCUGCCACUUGCCACCUGUCAGGGCAUCAUCAAAGGUCUGAAGAAUCAGGUGAUGGUGAAGCUGAGUAUUGUGAGCUGCCCUCCUGUCACCACUGUCCUCAUCAAGAGACCCGAUCUCAAGUUCCAGCUUGGUUUCAGUGUGCAGAAUGGCAUUAUCUGCAGUCUGAUGCGAGGUGGCAUAGCUGAACGCGGCGGUGUUCGUGUUGGACACAGAAUCAUUGAAAUAAAUGGUCAGAGUGUUGUGGCCAUGGCACACGAGAAGAUUGUUCAAACCCUGUCUGUCUCAGUGGGUGAGAUCAACAUGAAGACAAUGCCUGCUGUGAUGUUCAGACUGCUGACGGGUCAGGAGACGCCUGUCUACAUAUAGAGACCCUGCAUGGAU